CCCACCGGCGCUCCAAAGGCCAACCAGCACAGCCGCCCGCCGCACCAGCCAUAGACGACACCCAUCUCGCGUCUUCUUCGUGCCCUUUUAGCCACGGGCCGGGAGAUCGAGCAGCUGCAGCACAAGAGCACCGGCCGACGGGGGUUGAGCUUCAGCCUCCAGGCUUUGCCAAGAUGAGCUUCAGGCUUGCCGACGAGGAGGCGUUCGAGGCGUCGUCGUGCGGCUACUCCUCCGGCGGCGACUCGGGCGACGAGAGGGACCGCUUCCCGGACAGCGCGGGAGGCCACCGCCGCCAGUCCGCGCCGCCGCAGGCGCCCCUCAUGCGGAUGAACUCCGACAGCAUCUACGACAUGUCCGGCAUGACCGCGCACCUCCCCGCCAAGAAGGGGCUGUCGGCGUACUACCAGGGCAAGUCGCAGUCCUUCGCGUGCAUGUCCGAGGUGCGGAGCCUCGAGGAUCUGCAGAAGAAGGAAAAGCCGCCGCGCAGGAUCAAGCCAUGCAAGAGCUACGCCGCCCUCGGAGGGAUGCCCGCCAAGCAGGUGCCGGCGGCGAGCUCAUGCGCGAACCUCGGACUCAUGGCCGCCGGGAACGGCUUCGGGAGGGCGCCCCGGAAUAUUCCUAUCAACCAGGACUGCUACCACCAGUAGACUACUACGGGCGGCGCGACGCCGUAUCCCGUAGGGAUGUUUUUGUCGGAUGCUUCGUUUCUGUUCUUCUUGUUCUUCUCCGGGAGCUCUGUUUGUUUGCGGGCGACAGAGAUCAGGUGACAUGCCUAUGGCAUGUCACCGAUGAACAGUGCCGUAACAUGCACUCCAGGCCGUUGGAUCGAAAAUGAGUAGACAAGAUCAAGCACUGUAGCGACGUACUGUAGAGGACACUGUAGCAGAUGUACUGUAGCGACGCACUGUAGAUUUGUCCCUGUAGCGGUGCACUGUAGAUUGUUCCUGUAGCGGCUACUGUUCAUGUUCAUCUGGCCAUCCAUUUUCAAUCCAACGAUUAGAACAUGGUUGCAUGUCACAGCACUGUUCAUCGGUGACAUGCCUAUUGCAUGUCACCUGAUCUCUGUCCAGCCUGUGAAUGAUUUGCGAGAGAAAACUUUGCGUUUGUGAUGUAAAUAUUGGUGAGUAUGUAACUGUUGUGCGGAAAGGGGAGCAAAUCCAAAUCAGGCUGCUGUGUUUCGCUUGGGCUACUAGUACCGUGGUCCAGAAGGGGAUAAGAGGCAGAGGAACUUCGAUCAAGACAGAGCAAUGCGGUGGCUUACCAGGAGGGCUCUCGUGUCCAUUUUGGUUUUACGCCGGAUGUUCCAAUUUCCAAAAUUUUAGUGUAGCUCUGCUUCAGUUCGGAAAUUCAGAUACGAUCUUCAGUGUUCGAA